GGAGGGGCUCUAUCUAGCAAAACGGGAAGUAAUGCUACACAGACGGAAAAAGUAUAAAGAACUAUAAACGUGAUUAAAAAACAGCUUUUGAAGUACAGUAAGCCGAACACUGACUGAGUGACAAAACGAAGUAGCAGACAGGAGAAUUAAUUUUCUUUCUCGCGUUUUCUACGGAAAGCUAUUACUGGUGCAUCAGGGAACAACGUUUAAAAAGUGACCAGUCCAGUUUGAGGGUGACGGGGACAUAAUCUGAACCGCCACUGUCAGCUCUGCAGGAUUGCUUGGUACUUGGCAGGAAGGACAGGUCAGAAAUAAUUGUUCACUAUGUCUGAUGGGGACUACGAUUACCUCAUCAAAUUCCUCGCCCUCGGUGACUCUGGAGUGGGCAAGACCAGCUUCCUCUACCAGUACACGGACGGCAAGUUCAACUCCAAGUUCAUCACCACAGUGGGCAUAGACUUCAGAGAAAAACGAGUGGUGUACAAGUCCAGUGGGCCGGAUGGAACCGCAGGCCGGGGGCAGAGGAUUCACAUCCAGCUGUGGGACACAGCCGGGCAGGAGAGGUUCCGGAGUUUGACGACGGCCUUCUUCAGAGACGCCAUGGGCUUCCUCCUGCUGUUUGAUCUGACAAACGAGCAGAGCUUCCUCAACGUCCGAAACUGGAUGAGUCAGUUACAGAUGCAUGCGUAUUGUGAAAAUCCAGACAUCGUGCUCUGUGGUAACAAGUGCGACCUCGAAGACCAGAGGGUGGUGAAGGAAGAGGAAGCCAAGGAGCUGGCGGAAAAGUAUGGAAUCCCGUACUUUGAGACGAGCGCCGCAAACGGGCAGAACGUCAGCCAGGCCGUGGAGGUCCUUCUGGACCUGAUCAUGAAGAGGAUGGAGCGCUGUGUGGACAAGUCUUGGAUCCCGGACGGCACCCAGCGCUCCAACGGGCACAGCGCCACGGAGAGACUCUCAGAGGACGGCAGCCAGGACAAGGGCAAAUGCAGCUGUUAGUAUGGAAAUGGCAGGGCUGGUUAACCCUGCCUGGUUCCACCAGUAACCACCCCCCUCCUUUUUUUUUUUCUUCCUUCAAAAAGCCAUUCAGGGCUGAGCAUUAGAGGAUGAGAACCCAUCACCUGUUUACCAGAUGGUGCACUGGGUGUUUUAUUUAGGUGGAACAGGGUGUAGAGAAUAAAUCUAG